AUGCUAAAGCUUUUGUUGUCUUUGGCUCUUCUUAUCUUUCAGCUACUCUAUGCUACAGGCCAAGACCAUUCAGAUCAAAACGAAGGCUUCAUAAACUUCAACUUUGGCCUUAGUUCAUCUGGCAAUAGCCCAGAUUCCAUCCAUCACUCGAUCCAAGAAGGCAUCGUCUCUCAUAAGGAUGGCAAAAUUGAAGGAAAUGAAGUGAAAUCGGGAGAAUUUGACUUACUUCCCCUCCAACAUGACAGAAUAAAACCAUUAUAAACCCCCCUAUUUUAGCUCUCCUAGUAAAAAUUUUUUAUAUAUAAAUUUAUAUUAAACAUAAAAAAUAAAAUAGCAAUUAUUAUAGUAUUGGCUUAUAUAAUCAUAAACUUAAAACCCAGCAGAUGCAAGCAAAAGGUCUUAUAAUUUUAUUUGGAUUUACGAAAAAUUUGAAAUUUUUCUUCUAAUAUUGCUAUUAAGAAUAUUUUAAAAAAAUUUAACCCUCGCCAUGAGAGAGCAAAAAUCGGGCUCGCUCAUAGAAGGGGAUUUAGAAUCACUUACCCAAUUCACUCAGCAUCAAAUCCAAGGAGAAAUCAUUUAUCAUGGGGAUGAGAACAAUGGGAAGAGUGAAGCAAAAACUGAAAAUUCAGGGCUGAGUAGCUCAACUCAGAACCUUAUUAAUGAUGGCGCUUCUAGUGAAGAAAAAAGAAAAUUAGGAGUAAGUGAAGAAAAAUUCGAGGAAACAGGCUUAAGUUUCUCCAACAAAUUCAGCUCAAAUUCUGAACAAGCUGAUACUAAUUAUCAAAAUGAAAAAAAUGAGUCAAAAAAAAUAGAAAGGCGCUUAGAAUGCAACGAUGGCUAUUGACUAGAUGGUAGUAAUUGCUCAUCUUGUACUGAACCUUGUGCUACUUGUUCAGGAUCAGCCACUACUUGUGAUAGCUGUAUGGACUCAGAUAAUAUGAAUUUAUCAGCUGGCAGUUGCACAUGCAAAACUGGUUACUUUGAUACUUGAUCUUAUACAUGUGAAGCUUGCACAGCUCCUUGUGAUACUUGUUCAGGAUAUAGCACUACUUGCUUAACUUGUUUAGACUCAGAUAACAUGAAUUUCUCAAGCAAUACUUGCACAUGCAAAACUGGUUACUUUGAUUUUUCAUCUUCAACAUGUGUGGCAACUUGUACUGCUCCUUGCGAUACUUGUUCAGAAUAUACCACUACUUGCACAAGUUGUUUAGACUCAGAUAACAUGGAUUUAUAUUACGUUGCUUGCACAUGCAAAACUGGCUACUUUGAUACUUCGUCUAAUACAUGUAAAGCUUGUACUGCUCCUUGUGCUACUUGUUUAGGAUCUGCAACAACUUGUGAUAGUUGCAUGGACUCAGAUAAUAUGGAUUUAUCAGCAGGCAGUUGUACAUGCAAAGUUGGGUACUUUGAUAUUAUAUCUUCGAAAUGUGUGGCAAUUUGUACUGCUCCUUGUGAUACUUGUUCAGGAUAUACCACUACUUGCUCAAGUUGUUUAGACUCAUCAAAUAUGGAUUUAUCAGGCGGUAUUUGCACAUGCAAAACUGGCUACUUUGAUAUUUCACCUGAAGUAUGUAAAGAUUGCAUUGCUCCUUGUGAUACUUGCUUAGGCUCAGCCACUACUUGCUUAAGUUGUUUAGAUUCAGAUAAUAUGAAUUUAUCAAGCAAUACUUGCACGUGCAAAACUGGCUACUUUGAUACUUCAUCUAAUACAUGUAAAGCUUGCACUGCUCCUUGCGCUACUUGCUCAGGCCUAGCCACUAUUUGUGAGAGUUGUGUGGACUCAGAUAAUAUGGAUUUAUCAAGCAAUACUUGCACAUGCAAAACUGGCUACUUUGAUACUUCAUCUGAAACAUGUAAAGCUUGCACAGCUCCUUGUGAUAGUUGUUCAGUAUAUACCACUACUUGCUUAAGUUGUUUAGACUCAGAUAAUAUGGAUUUAUCAGGCGGUGUUUGCAUAUGCAAAACUGGUUAUUUUGAUUCUGGAUCUUCGACAUGUAAAGCUUGCACAGCACCUUGUGAUACUUGCUCAGGAUCAGCUACUAAUUGUUUAACUUGUAUAGACUCAGCAAAUAUGAGUUUAUCAGGUACGACUUGUAUAUGCAAAACUGGGCACUUUGAUAUGGUAUCUUUGAUGUGUUGUGCUGAGCCUUGUGCGACUUGCUCAGGAUUUGCCACUACUUGUUUAAGUUGUAUAGACUCAUCAAAUAUGGAUUUAUCAGGAGGUACUUGUACAUGCAAAUUUGGCUACUUUGAUACUGGAUCUUCUGCAUGCUGACCUUGCAAUGCUCCUUGUGAUACUUGCUCAGGCUCACACACUACUUGUUCAAGUUGUUUAGACUCAGAUAAUAUGAAUUUCUCAAGCAAUACUUGCACAUGCAAAACUGGGUACUUUGAUACUUCAUCUAAUACAUGUAAAGCUUGCACUGCUCCUUGUGAUACUUGUUGAGGAUCAGCUACUACUUGUGAAAGUUGCAUGGACUCAGAUAAUAUGGAUUUAUCAGCUUUCAAUUGCAAAUGCAAAGCUGGGUACUUUGAUACUGGAUCUAAUACAUGUCAAGCUUGCACUGCUCCUUGUGCUACUUGUUCAUGAUCAGCUACUGCUUGUGAAAGUUGCAUGGACUCAGAUAAUAUGAAUUUAGAAAGCAAUGCUUGCACAUGCAAAACUGGUUACUUUGAUACUGGAUCAUCUGCAUGUGAAGCUUGUACAGCUCCUUGUGAUACUUGUUCAGGAUAUAGCACUACUUGCUUAAUUUGUUUAGACUCAGAUAAUAUGAAUUUAUCAGGUGGGAGUUGUACAUGCAAAACUGGCUACUUUGAUUAUGGAUCUUUUACAUGUAAAGAUUGCACUGCACCUUGUACUACUUGCUCAGGAUCAGACACUGCUUGUUUAAGUUGCAUGGACUCAUCAAAUAUGGAUUUAUCAGGUGCAACUUGCACAUGCAAAACUGGCUACUUUGAUUCUGGCUCUUCGACAUGUAAAGCUUGCACAGCACCUUGUGCUACAUGCUCUGGAAGCAGUAUUCAUUGCCUAACAUGCAAUUCAGCUUACUAUUUAAAUGGAUCGAUCUGCGUUCCUUGUGGUCAAAAUUGCUUAUCCUGCAAUAAUUCCCAGUGCGUAAAUUGCAAAAAUACUUUCAUCAGAAGCACUAAAGCAAAUAUAUUUAAUAUAUUUAGAAAUUUAUAAAGCAAAUAUCCUAAAUUUUAAACUAUAAGACCCACAGCUUACAAAUCCAGCAAAUUGUGAAUGCUCCAAAGGCUUUUAUAUAAAUAAUCAAGUUUGUACUGGUAAUAACUAAUUAGCAUGCCCAGAUGGCUGCACAGAAUGCACUUCAUCAAUAAAUUGCACAGCAUGCAAAAGCGAGUUUUAUUUGCAUGAUUAUGGAGAUAUUGUAAACUGCACAUGUAAUAAUAAUUUAGCUUGCGAUCAGUCAACUUAUUUAUGUGGAAAUCGUACAGAGCUAGCUUGCAGCAAUUCUUCAGUUGGGUUUGAGCUUGAUUUCUAUGAAGGAAAAAUAAUGAUUAAUUUCGCAGCAAAUUUAGGAAGGACACUACAGAAGAAUAAUUUUAUUAUCAAGUAUGGGGAUAAUAAGAUAUAUGAUACCUCUUCUAGUACCUUAGAGUCAAUAGACAAUUUGCACUAUUAUAUUCAUACAACUUUAAGUGACUGUGACCUACCAAUAAAUGUUGAUCUGCGUUUUAAUCUUGUAGCCUAA